CUCGGGGGCUGCGGGGAGCGCGGCUGUGGGCGGGAAGGCUGGAGGGCUCGGCAGAGUGGAGAGGAGGGGCUCGGGGGUUCCCGAGGAGGUUUUGAGGUGACCCUGAGCAAUGUCCCGGAGGUGAGCCCAGAGCAGGCCCUGAGGUGGCCCUGAGAAGAAGUGGAAGGCAGAGGUGGUGCUGAGGCAGGAGAGCCCUGUGCUGGGGAAGUGGCUGAGCUGGGAGUGCCCAGCAGGGAGAAGGUGCUGUGUCCAUGCCCUGUGUGCCAGCAGGAUUUGUCCUUCCCAAAGCUUGGGCGGAUGGAGGAGGAGGAUUUGAGGAAGAGGAAAAAGCCGUGGGCCCCCCAGGCAGGCCCCGAGCUGAGGACGGAGAGCACGGAGGACAAAUCCCCCCGGCAGAGCCUGGUGGGAGAUGCUGUUUUGAAGGGCUCCCCGGCGCAGGAAGGCAGUGGGGAGGAAAAGACCAGGAGAUGCCCCUGGAGGAGGGGCUGCAAAGCCAACCCAGGGAGCUCUGAGGAGGAAAGACCCGGCCUGCACCAGGAAGGCGGCCGGAGCUUGAACCGGAGCUCCGAGCUGGUGGUCCCUGAGCAGCCUCCCAGCAGGGAGAAGCCCUUCAGGUGCUUGGAAUGUGGGAAGAGCUUCAGGGUGAGCACCCACCUCCUCAGGCACCAGCAAAUCCACAGUGGUGAACAGCCCUACACGUGUAGGGAAUGUGGGAAGAGCUUCAGGCAGAGCUCCAACCUCCGCAUCCACCAGCGCAUCCACACUGGGGAACGGCCCUACAAGUGUUUGAAAUGUGGGAAGAGCUUCAGUGACAGCUCCAGCCUGAACCGGCACCAGCAAAUCCACACUGGGGAACGGCCCUACACGUGUAGGGAAUGUGGGAAGAGCUUCAGUGACAGCUCCAACCUGAUCCAACACAAGCUCAUCCACACUGGGGAACGGCCCUACAUGUGUGGGGAAUGUGGGAAGAGGUUUCAGGACACCGGGAAUCUCCUCAGGCAUGAGCAGACACACACAGAGGAGAGGCCCUUCCGCUGCACCGACUGCGGGAAGGGCUUCAAACAGAACUCCAACCUAGUCACCCACCAGCGCAUCCACACCGGGGAGAGGCCUUACAAGUGUGGGGAGUGUGGGAAGAGCUUUAACCAGAGCUCCCACUUGACCAAACACCAACGGACCCACCGGUAAGGGAAGCCCCUCGAGUUCCCCAACUGUGGGAAGAGCUUCUACCGCUGCUCCCGCUCUGUCACCCGUUGGAGAACCCACCUUGGGAACAACCUUUUGGGGACCCACAUUCUCGGUGACUCAUAUUGAGAACAGCCUUCUUGGGGACCCACAUUCCUUAGUGACCCCUGGUUUAUUGUCGUGUAGCGAAUGGUUCUGAUUAAGAUGGUUUUUUUUUCUUGCAUCCCAUCGUUCGUAAAUUGCGUAGUGCAACCCUUUUAUACAAUUUCUGAGUAGGGAUUACAUCAUUAUACAUGUAUAUUCAUUACAUUGCAACAUCUACUUGUAAUAUUCAUAUAUAGGCGGAGUCUUCAAUUUGCGGAGGAUUAGAGGUGGGAGAUCCGGAGCCUUCAUCGGGGGAGGUGGUCGUCUGUUUGGUCUUCCUCGGUGUAAACUUUUGAACUCUUCUCAAAUCUUUCUUAAUUUGGGUAGUUUUCUUGUGAUGUUGGCAGCGUCUUGGUAACCUUGGCCCAUCUUAAAUCUGCUGAUACUACUAUCUCUUUGUUUUGUGUUAUUUUAUGGUUUUAGUAUCCUUUUUAUCAACAUGUUCUGUUCCCUCGGACAAUUUAUUACCUCCGUGGUUUCCUAAUGCUAAACUUUCCUGUAGUGCUUUACAUUUUGUGUUUUAACCUCUUGUUUCUCGAAGACUGCUUCCUUUUGAGUGGCUUCAAGCUGAUGUCUCUCCCAUACCUCUUUAGCUCUAGGAUUACUCCGAAG